AGGCAGCUAAAGUGGCCCCGCGAAGCUUAGGUUAGAUUUUUAAAAUGUUAACAUAUAUGCAAUGUAUAUUUUGUCAUUAUAUUCAUUUUGUUAACAUUUUGUUAAAUGUCGAUUGUAAAUCGAAUUCUCUCGGUUUUGUAGGAUCGUGUGUGUGUGCGCGCGAGAGUGGAGCAUUGUGCACCGAGGGCUUCGUCCGUGAAUUUAGCGUUAAGGUGCUCUUUCGAUCCAUUAUUCCCCAAGACCCCGUUUCCAAAUGAAACAGGGAUUUCAACGAAACUAGACGUUUCGAUAAGGUUGGCUGUCCCGACGUUGCUUGUAUCGAACAUUGCGUUUCAUAGAUACCGGCCUCUAACCUGCACGAUCGACCAUCAUGCUGUAGACGAGGAAGCAUCGAGGGUGUGAGGAAGAGGGCGUUGCAAAAUGUCGGGGCCCGACACGAGGGUUCGAGAGGAAGUCAGCUUUCAGUCGCGGCUCGGCAGUCUGUACGGGACGAUCGAGUUACGUUAUAGUUAAAGUACGGUGUGCGCUCGGGGUACAUGUACACGCGUACAGCGUAUGUAUUAGUGAUCAUAGGCGCAGCCUCGCGUGUGCACGCGUAACCGAUACGCCGGACGAGUUGACACACGCGCAGCAAUGGCGUACCCCCCCGAAGAAGCCUGAACGUGUUCUCGGUCGAAUAUUCUUUUGUGUGGUUUAUGUGGUGUGCGUAAGGGGGACAGAUAAUACGAGUAAAAAAAAAGAAAAAAGGUAUGCACGUAAGCCAACGAUAUCAGCGUGAGACGUUACGUUAGCGUGACACGGUCCCUGUACGGUUGACAGGCACGAAGGAAGAAACGACGUUUACGCCCAGCUAGAAACGUACGAGACGGCUAUUCGUAAUAGAAUAUAGGCCAAGUCUCUAGGUUUCUACGAUCGUCGGUUAGGCCGUUCGUGUAAAAGUUUCGCUAAACGGAUAUAUUUCCAAGCGGCGUAAUCGCAAAACGCGGUGCGAAGAUAUAUACUCGGAGCCGUCGGAGGGAUUCUCGUGCGAAGGGCUGAUGACAGAGCAAAGUGUCGGUUAGGCGCAAGAGAAAUAUUCGAGCGAAGGGAGAGGCAAAGAAUAAUACUCGAUCGUGUCGAUAUCGAGGGGGCUAGGAACGACGGAAAGAGACACGGAAGGAUAGAACGGUUAGAAGAGAAUCAAGUCUGUCCCAGAUCUCUGUAAUCAUUGUAAGCGCUUUACCAACAUUGUUUCCUAUUCGUCUCUCGAAAUAUGCGGUAACAAAAUUUCGUUGGUCGUGUACAAUCGAGGUCUUCCUCGGUGUUGGAUAUACUCGAUUGGUCCAACCCUUGGUUAAGGCGAUCCCUCUCGGCGGCAAUGAGUCGUGUCUAUUACUCUCCGCCUUGUUCGAAGCUGCACCCGUAACACCCAGAGAGAAGUACACGGGGGGAAUCGUUGAGACGCCUCGAUCGCCAGUGACCGCUCCUAGGGGUAGAAAGCGAUCUUGAAAGGAGGAAAGGAAGAAAGGAGGGAGGGAGGGUAGCGGUGCGUUACGUUUCGAAGAAAGAAUAUAUCGGCGAAAGAUCGCGUGUCUUGGGCCGAUCCGUAAAUCAUCGGUGGUUUCAACGCUGGGCGAGACGGAGAAGAACAGAUUGUCAUCAUCGGGGAGAAUAAUCGCGAGGAUCUGACGAAAUGAGAGCCUAGCGUUCGAGGUGGAUCGUUGGUCAGCGGGCGCGCAAGAAGCGACGGUUCGCUGGCGGAAGCCUGGAUAGUAGGAGGUUUCCAACAUGGCCGCCGCCUGCUACGAGAAGGAAGUGGUGGUAGGUGCCGCUAUGCAUGGACACGGUCAUCAUCAUCACCACCACCACCAUCAUCACCAUCACCAUCACCAUCAUGGCGCGACGGGGCAGGCUAACCAGCAGCAAACCGUCCUACCGGCAGCUACGACUAUCCUCGACGCCACCACCGCCGUUGGCUCGGGCUCGAGUACGACCGCGAACACGACCGCCACCGCGACCGCCUCGGCGGUGGUGGCCGCGGCCGCAGCCGCCGCGGUCGCCGUCACCUCCUACAAGAACUACAAGGAUUACUCGCAACCUCUCCACGUGGACUGUAGCGUCGAGUACGAGUUGCCCAGUCAGGCGAAGCCACCACCCGGCGGCGGCGAGCCGCUUCUCAUGAUACAUCCCUGUUACUAUCGCCGUGCCGAGCGCGAAAGGAGAAGUCCGUUCGUCAACAAUCUACCGCCGCCGGCGAACGCUCCUAUAUCCUCAUCGCGAAGGAGCAGCCGAAGAAGCACAGCAGCGGCCGCCGCCGUCGUCGUUGCCACCGCCGCUGUGUCCUCGACCUCGUCCGUGGCACCGUCCUCCACGGUCGUAUCCUCGAUUUCUACCUCGACCGUAUCCUCGUCGACUUCCGCCACGGCCGUCUUAUCAGCGACUGCGGCAGUGGUGGCGACCACCACCGAUUCCGGCUCGAGUCUCGUAUCGACUACCGGUCAGAUGUCCGCGGCCAUGGCAGCCUCUUAUCGAGCUGCUCUAAACGCUGCAGCUACUCUUUCUCAGCAACAAAGACGACAACAUCAUCCGCAGCAGCAACAACAACAACAGCAGCAACAACAACAACAACAACAGCAACAGCAGCAACAACAACAACAUCACCUUCAUCGAGCGUCUCACGUUCAGCAUCCUCAUCACGGCCAACAGCAACAACAGCAAAGUUCGGUGACACCGACCACUUCCGGCACCGAUCUCAUUUCUGCCGACGAGAAAGCAGUCAUAUCAGGUAUUUAUCAGCACUACUUCCGAGCGAUGCGUUCUCACAAUCAUCAGCAGCAACAGCAACAGCAACAGCCCCAACAACAGCAGCAGCAGCAGCAACAACAACAACAACAGCAGCAACAGCAGCAGCAGCAGCAGCAUCGGACUCAUCAACAUCAUCAUCAACCUCACCAAAGCGACAGAAGUUCCUCCUCCUCGUCGGUGACGCCGACGGCCACGUCGAUCUCUGGCAUUUUGCGGCAGAGUUACCAACAGACGUACAACGCGACAAGUUCGAGUUCGGGUUCGUCGAGUCAUCUACGGGUCGCGACGGCCUCCGCGGUUGUAGCCCAUCAUCCGUACAGACGGCCGUCGGCGACGUUGUUAUCGCGAGCGGCAUCGCACUUGGGGCAUCAGACUUCCUCCUCAUCUUCCUCUUCUUCCUCCUCUACGUCCAUCGGUGCUUCCAGCGGCAUUUCCUCCGGCAGCGUUUCCAGUUUGUACGCGAGUACGAUACACAGGCAUCACGCGACCUCGCUGCACGCCCUUCAGGCGGCCGGUUUUUACGAAACGCCGGGUUAUCAUGCACUCUUGCCGCAGAGUUAGGUGACCACUAACCCGCUCGAGACCGACCUGGUUGCCAGCGUUCAUUUAUUCACGUAAUCCGGGUGUAGAGCCGUGCUCCUCUUCCCUAUUGUGCGACUUGUCUGUUCCACUCGUUAAAGAGUAUACGGGUUGGUCUAGUAUACAUGACACGGAUACAUCUAUCUCUGCGUUCAUACCUACCUACCUACCUACCUACCUACCUACCUACCUACCUACCUACCUACCCACCUACCUACCUACCUACCUACGUAUUAUACAUAUAUGCGUGCAUGUAUAUACGUGUACGUAUUCGUUACACAGAAAGAUCGUACGUGCCGGUGUUCGCGUUCGUUAUUUGGUAGUGUGCGGGUGGCCGGACGAACGGACGGACGGGACGGACUGGCGGGCAGAAAGCCGCAGAAUAAACACGGGAACGUAUACACGCAACUCACACACCCACACAUACGCGCGUACACCUCAGCCCAGGGACAGAUGGAGGGAUCGAGACAACAGAAAUGGUCGUCCGUACGCAUCGAGCGAAUUCCAUCCACCUGCGAUACUAGUGCUGUUCAGGUAUAAAAAUCCAUUUGCUUAGGCCCGUAACAACACGGGCUAGUUUUUUUUAGCCCCGAAGUUUUCAGUCGGUCAAGACUCGCCGCGCGUAAAAGUCUUUGAAACCGGGGGGAUGCCUUGUAUCGAUAGAGGCCAACCGUUAUCGUGUAUAAGUCCUCCUCGCCUCUCGAUACACCAGCACCAGGCUUUACGGGUCUUUUCCUAUCCGCUCGAAUGCCAACGGAUCGCGAACCUCGCUCGACAAUAGUAUUUUUAGGUCGUUCGAUCGAUGUACGGGAACGUAACGAGACACACUACCGAUAUAGUAUUAGACGCGUUUUGUCCAACGCAUUAACCUUCGUAGAAUCGCAUUAGUCAGUCCCGGAGUCAGUCAGCCAGCGGCGUAUCGAUAUCAUCAUUCCGACGGCGAGUUUGCUUAAACGUUCCAACGAAGUUCCGAUCGACAAUCAUCAUCGUAAAAUCGCAAGUGCCAAAAAUCGACGAAUUCAACGAACACGCAUAGACACGUUGUUCGACGUCGAACAAAGGGAGGGAGUGAAACGCUAAUAUUUUUGUUCGUUGUCGUUUUCCUAUUUUCCUGUACGUUUUUUUUUAGGUUUCGCGAACGUAUACAGGAAAUGACAGUAUUGCUGGCAGUUAUCUCGCUCUAAUGGUACGCCCCCCCUCUCCGGCGGUCGUUUCUCUGUCGGUCGGGUGCGCGGUUCGUUUCUCUCUCGCGCGGCGGUGCAUCUCUAGAAACCCGAGGUCCGAGGGAGCUGGUCAGGAUCUCUUCUUUUUUGUCCUGCGCCCUUUUCAAAGAGCGCGCUCAAGGAGAAACGGACGAGGACCGUAUUUCGUUACACGGUAACGAUCGAUCAACGUGACCGCACGACCGCACCGGCGGUACGGGCGAGCCGUGGCGAAGCGAGACGAAGCGAGGCGAAACGAG